AUGCAGCCCAUCGACACGACCCAACUGGCGCCGCUGCUGUCCCAACUGCGGCGCUACACGCGCCAGCACGCCUCGUCGCCGCCAGACGAGCAGGUCGACCUCUGCCUCGUCAGCCGCGACGGCGGUCUGCACCUCGUCGACAGCGCCCUCUUUAGCCACGCCGUCCGCACCGAGCUCCUCGCCACGGCCGCGCCCGGCCCCGAGCCCGGCGUCCGCAUCGCCACCGUGACCGACUCUUCGGAUGAAAUCGAGACCGUGCUCCUCGCCCGUUCCAACGACGUGUCGAGCCAGGAAGAGGUCUACGACCGCAUCAGCCGGCUCGACGCGCGCGACACCGUGUUUCUCAUGGAGCGGUUCGCGCGGUACGAGUGCUGGGGGUUCGAGGUGCGCAUCUGGGCGCAGCUGCGCGAUCGCCUCGAGGGCCGGGACCGCCACCUGCUCGACGACGCCAAGUGGCUCUCGGGCGUCUAUGCGCAGGCCGAGGCGCUGGAGCGCUGGGAGGUGUGCGAGUUUCUGUGGCCCCACUGCCGCUGCUGCGCCAUGUUCGGCGGUGGCGGUGGCGAGGAAGGCGGUUUUGAUCGCGAGGUGGACGUCAAGCGCAGGCGUCUUUGCUAG